AAAAAAGUUAAAGUAAAAAUGGCUUCCUUGUCUUUGGAGUCUGCAGAACAAUCUGAGAACAGCCCAGACGAGCCGACGGCAUCGGAGAUCAAAGACGAAACAGAUGCAGUGAUAAUUACGGAAGAGUUGUUCAAAAGUUUCCAAAAGUCAGCUCUGAGUUUCUCCACCGACCAAAUAUCAUGUCUGUGCGAGGCCCUCCUGCAGGCGGGCAAUGUGGAUCGCCUGUGGAGAUUUCUAUCCACCAUACCUCCUUCGUCCGAGCUGCUACGUGGCAACGAGACCCUGCUGAAGGCCCAGGCACUGGUUGCUUUUCACCGGGAAGAAUUCAAGGAGCUGUACGCCUUGCUGGAGAGCCACGACUUCCACCCGUCUAACCAUGGGUUCCUGCAGGACCUGUACCUGAAAGCCCGCUACAAGGAGGCGGAGAGGUCCCGGGGCCGCAGCCUGGGCGCAGUGGACAAGUACCGGCUCCGAAAGAAGUUCCCCCUGCCCAAAACCAUCUGGGACGGAGAGGAGACCGUGUACUGCUUCAAAGAAAAGUCUCGAAAUGCCUUGAAAGAGUGCUACAAGAGCAACAGGUACCCCAAUCCGGACGAGAAGAAAAACCUGGCCAAAGUGACUGGACUGUCCCUCACACAGGUCAGCAACUGGUUCAAGAACCGCAGGCAGAGGGACAGGACCCCGUCCGGGACCCACAGCAAAAGUGAGUCUGAUGGGAACCACAGCUCUGACGACGAGGUGAGCCCCAUGGACGACACUCCUGAAAAACCAGAGGAGGCUUCUGGCUCCACUACCUCCAUCAUCUCUCUUUCCUCUGUCCCCUGCAACGCGGGAGGCCAGCUGAUCCUCAACGGCUCAGGUGGCUUCCUCACGUCCUCUCAUCCGUUGCUUCUUAACGGAAACUCUCUCAUCUCCAGCAACGGCGCUGGUGUCAUCAUUAACGGGCUGAGCUUGGCCGAUUGCCAAACAGUCACACUGAGUCCUGUUACUAACUCGCCUCUGAUACUGAACGGGGCUCAGGUCAUAACCAAACCUGCUGUCAGCGUGCAGCAGCAAACGGUGUCUAUGUCAGAAGAGGUUUCAGCCAUUGAUGCCAAUCUGAGCAGUCUUCCAGCUCUUGUUCUUAACAAUAACACCACACCAGCCUCAAACCACCCUUCCAUCAUCUCUCUUCCCCUCCAAACUAAGACAGGCAGCAACAAUGCAGUGGAUUUCACAACUGUCUCCAAAUCAGAGGACAGCAGCCAGACAGUAUCUUCCACCUCUUCAUCGUUAUCCCCCUCUUCACCAACUCUGUCUUCCCCAGCAAGUCUCCCCUCACUGGCCUUAACUCAAAGCACCCAACAGCAGGAGUCACUCACCAUCCCAGCCUCAUUAUCCUCCAUUGAGCCUCUCUGCAGUCCACAACGGGAGUAUGUUAUCAUAGCAUGUUCUGCCUCCCAGUUGAACACUUCUAGCUCUGUGGUUGUUUCCAGCAGCUCCAUGCCUCAGGUCUUCUCUCCGCCCCAGGUUGUGCCUUCCAUCCAGGGGAUACCGGUAUCCCAGCUGGUGCAGCACUCCUCUGGAGCACAGGUGUCCCAGUGCCCCCAGUUGGUCCCGGUUUCCCCCCUUGCCUCGCCAACACCUUAUUUCCAAAGCCAGACAGUGAACACAGGCAGCAAACUGGUGCAGCACCAGCAGGAAGUGUCAACAUCAACUUCACUUGAAGGGUCCACAACCAUAGUCUCCAUCUCCCAGCUGCCGCAGAGAACAGCACACCAGCUGGGGAACCAAGCCACAAACUCAUCACCUGGCAAAGUCCAGGUCCCACAGGUUAUUUCUAUCUCUCCCCAGACAAAAGCCUGCACACCAGCACAGUUAGUCUCCCUAUCUAUGCCCCAGCUUGUCCCAGUCUCCCCAAUCCAAACUUCAUCCACCAUUUCCUACCCCCAAGUGGUUCCUGCCAGUCCGUCUCUCUCCAUCCCCUCUGCUGGAUUGCCGCUACAGUUCCUGACCUCAGCACCUGCAGCUGCCGGGGUCCCACAGGGUCCUCUGAGGAUGAACCAGCUAAGGCCCAUCCAGGGUGUGGUUCCUCCAACCAGCAUGGCUCCUGGCGUGCAGCUCCUCAACUCUGGGAUCAUUCAGCUGCCCUCUGCUCCUCCAGGAAACCUUCUCCUUGGUGGAAGCCCUUACCUGAGUGUCCAGCAAGGCAAGCUGAUUUUGACCAUCCCAGCUGGCAUCCAGCUUACAAGUUUACCCCUGAAAACAGUCCCUGAGGCCUCACCCAUCUCUGUUAAUGGACUGAGUCCCAUCCUCACCACCUCCGCCCCGCCGAUAACCUCCCAUCCCUUAACCACCUGUGCCCCGACCCCGGUCCUCACAUCAUCUACAUUAAACUUCAUCAAUUCGUCUCCACCGUACUGUGCUUCUGACGCUGGGACACCUGCCACCCCCUCCCCUCACACACUGGACCACUCAGUCACCUCCACAACUCUGAACACACUCACUCCAGAGAGUAUGCUAACCCUCAGCCCCAUGUACAGCGGAGUGACACCCACCAAUCAGCUCUCCCAACCAGCCUGGAGCCCCGUGACCCUCUCCACUUCAGCUGGUCUGACUCUGUUUGACAUGCGCAGCAAGGGGGACCUACCUGUAGACCCGGCUUUGUUAGGCCUACCUGGGGGAGAGUCGCUGCUGCUGGGAAGCCCCUCGUCAGAGCAGGAUGUGGACGCUAACUCUGCGCUUGGUAAUCCAGAGGGUAUAGAUGGAGACUCCAAGAUACUGACUCAGCUCCAGUCUGUCCCUGUGGACGAUGAGCUGGGCCUGUAGUCUGUUUACGUUGCUAGUUGGCAACCCAAUGUCUCCAAAAACACAAAGCAUGAGACACAGUGAGCUACAGAAUCUGACGUUUUCUUAUAUAAGUGAUCUAAAGACUUUCAAAUUCUUUGAUCCGUGAAGACUCACAAAGUCUUUUCACAUGUGUGGGUUCUGACAUGUACAACAAUGAUGCUCUCUCAGCAGGGCCAUCGUGGUCUUAGCUGGCACUUUUAAGACAAACCCUUUGCAGCUGUACUUUACAUUCAUCAGGGGCUUACAUGUGAAGCCUCUGAGGUUUUUUUUUUUUUUUU